GCGACGACAACAAUACAGAAAGAUGUAAAUAUCCUUCAGGCUGGCACAAAGUACUAUGCUCAGCUCUCUGGAUACCCAAGACUAUCAUAUUCCACGUGAAGAAGGUUGAAAUCGCCCAAGAUGGUCCGCAUCAAGCACCGAUAUCUCCUGCUCAACAUCCUCUAUCCGAACGAGGACAAGCCCAAAUCAACAGUCGCAAGCAAAACGGUCGAUGAGCUGCCAUGGGCAGUCCAAUUUCGACGACCGAGCUCUGAUCAAUUUAAUGGCGGAACGCUGCACAAGAUGAUCAAAAAUGGAGUUUCCGAGCUUUUUGGGGACUACGGAGCUGGCAUGAUCGCCGGGAGCUUGCAAAUCAAAUACUGCUCACCAGCCACAUCAACCGCCAUCGUACGAGUGGCAAGAGAACAUUACAGACUUGUGUGGGCUGCUUUGUCGUUCGCGACCAGAUUGCCGAAACCACUGGACCAGCCUUGCGUGAUACAGGUCGUGAGAGUCAGCGGGACGAUCAAGAAGGCGGAGGAGGAAGCUAUCAGAAGGGCGAGGCUUGUCAUUUUGAGGGCCCAGAAGUCGAAGAAUGGUCCGAAUUCUACUCUGCUGGGCACGGUCGGAGAUGAUGACGACGGAAUGGAGGGUCUGGCCAUGACGAAUGGAAUUGAGGAUCGAGAUGAUGGCGGCGAAGAGGAUGAGGACAUUUGAAGCACCAGACUGAACACACCAACUCCGAUGACAAGCAGUUGCGCCACAAAGGCUCAACGAGUAGCGCAAUGGCUGUCAAGGGGAGCACUCAGAGAGUGGCACAACGUGAUCAUCACCAGGCGCAAUACCAUGACAAGGUGCUCACCUCACCGCGUCAUCUAUCUGCAUGAACUGUCGCCCCGGGAGCGUAAGAUUGAAACACGCGCACUGGGAAGCACCUUUGAAAACAGAGAUGAGAUGACCAGAAGGCCAGCCUGCUUCAAAUCCAUGAGAUCCAGUGCUGCGUCAUUGACGCACCAUUCGUACUCUUUACCACAGAGCCACGACCAACGGCUCAACACUUGCACCCACUUCGCACAGCCAUGAGUGCCGUAGUAUGAAGUGCCCAAAGAUAUGUUCGAACGGGUUCCGCGACUGUCUCCGAUGACAAAAAGAAUAUACACGAGUAGACAUCGAAAAUAUACUGGCAGAUAAGGGAACUGCUUGGAAGCAAAACAAAGGCCCAUGACCCAAGGUAGGCUGG